GAAAGACGAAGAAACCAAAAAAAAAAAAAAAAACUGAACUUUCUAAACCCACAAGGAAGGAAGGCUCUGGGUUUUUCGAGGUUGCCUUUGCUUCAUUUGCCGAUAGCUCUCAGACGUUUCUUUAGGGCUUUACUGCUUUAAAGCUUUUACCUUUUUUUUCUGUUUGAUACUAUUGACAUGGCUUCUGGAGCCUCUUCUUCUGAUCGUCUCGUCACUAGCUUCCCUCUUCUGGAAACAGCAGAAUGGUUCCAGGAGUUGGCCUUGAGUUCAGAUGCAAGUGAAGUCCCUAUGAAUCAUAAUAAGAGUUCUCUUCAGAGCCAGUAUGGAUAUGUACCUCCUGGUGCAUUUACUGCUCCAUCUUCUCAUGGAAGCGAAAGAAGGCCUAAUUUUAAUGGUGGAAACCCGUGGGGCUACUUCUCACCAAACCAUCCUUCUGGUGGCUACGAGGAUCCAGGGUUUGGUUAUGGCCACAACAGCAAUUCAAAUACCUUUUCACCUCUCAUGAAUCCAUACAGUUCACAAGAAGCACCAAGUUUUGACCUGUUUGGAUAUAAUGACCAUUUGUAUUCAAACCAUGGAUUUUAUGGACUAUACGGGAAUGUAAUCGACUCUGGUCAUGCUUAUGGAACGUUUGGUUAUGAUUCUUGGAAACUUGGGAGAGGAUGGUAUCCUGUUGAUGGUUAUAGAAAGACCAGAAGCUUCAACUACGCGCGUGGUAACAGUGAAGAGAAGGCAGAUAGGCUUAAUGAGCUUUGUCGAGGACCAAGAAGCAAUGAUGUUAAAAAUCCACAAGGUCUUAACUCUACAACGCUAGAGAAGAUGAAGCAAGACACUCCAGUGGUAGAAGAUCUCAAGCGCUACAACGGGGAGAAUUUCCCUGAAACAUUCGAGAAAGCGAAGUUCUUUGUGAUUAAGUCAUACAGUGAAGAUGAUGUUCACAACAGUAUAAAGUAUGGCAUGUGGUCGAGCACACCAACUGGCAACAAGAAGUUGAAUGCUGCAUAUUAUGAAGCACAAGAGUGUCCUGUUUAUCUUCUGUUCUCGGUGAAUGCAAGUGGUCAAUUUGUUGGCCUUGCGGAGAUGACAGGUCCUGUUGAUUUCAACAAGACAGUAGAGUAUUGGCAACAAGAUAAAUGGAUUGGUUGCUUUCCUGUGAAGUGGCAUAUCAUCAAAGACGUACCAAACAGUCUCUUGAGACACAUAACGCUUGCUAAUAACGAGAACAAGCCCGUCACUAAUAGCAGAGACACUCAAGAGGUGAAUGUGGAAGAUGGAGCCAAAAUUAUAAAGAUACUCAAGGAGUAUAUUAGCAAGACAUGUAUACUUGAUGAUUUCAAGUUUUAUGAGACCAGACAAAAGAUGAUCAGAGAUAAGAAGAUCAAGCAAAAGAAACAGGUCCUUGAUGGAGCUUCUGAAGAAACGAUUCGCUGAAACGAUUACUUUUUAAUUAAAGAACUCCGUUUGGGUUGUGUUUAUUUUCUUCAGGCUCUGGAUCCCUGAGAACCUUAAUAUAAGCUUCUAUGCUUUUCAAAACAUAUUACAAUUGUGCUUUUGUUCCUUUUGUAUAAAGGACGCACCAUCUGAUAAAAAAACAAAUUCAACUCAUGAUUUGUUCUUCUCUAGAGUUGAUAUCAGAUCAUUGAUAGUAUUCUUUGUUUUAUUUAUCUGUUUUAAAC